CAGUCGAGUCCUGACCUACUGGUUCAGUGCUUUAUGUAAUACCAGUACACACCACAACAUCUAGGAUACAUUUGUAAGCUUCUUUGUUGAAUGCAACUACACAGAAACAGUUUUCAACGUGUUGCUUCGCGUCUCCCCGCACCGGAGAGCUCAAGUGGAACCUUCUACAGCCCAUGCAGCCGGAUCGAUGUUCCGCACGGAGCGUUUUGCGCGUGACACAAUUCCGUUUCCAGUAAUUUCUACGGGCAGCAAAACCAGCGGCAGCAGUCGAGAGGCUUCCAGAAGCGAGCACACGCGUUUCAAACACAUUACACGUCCUGCCCGAAACGACUGACACGGUCGACUUCAUCUGUGUUUCCUCUGAAUCAACAUGGCGAAGUGGGGAGAAGGAGACCCUCGCUGGAUCGUGGAGGAGAGAGCGGAUGCCACAAACGUCAACAACUGGCAUUGGACGGAGAGGGACGCCACAAACUGGUCAUCAGAGAAGCUGAAGGAGCUGCUCAUGGGGCUGCAGGUGGAGAGUGAAGAAGGCAAGUGUGAGAUCACAGAGGUCAGCCAGGUGGAGGGAGAGGCGUCCAUCAACAACCGCAAAGGAAAGCUUAUCUUUUUCUAUGAAUGGAAUCUGAAGGCCACCUGGACAGGGACAUCAAAAUCAGGCAUUAAAUACAAGGGGAACAUUGAAGUUCCAAACCUUUCAGAUGAAAAUGACAUGGAUGAACUUGAUAUCAGCGUAAGUCUUUGUAAAGAUGAGCCUAAAACUGCGCUGCUUUCUCUGAUGAGGGGGGAGGGUGCCAGUAAAGUUCGUACAGCGCUGGCUAGCUACGUUGGACUUCUCAAAACAGAGUUCACACAGGGCAUGAUCCUGCCCACAGCCAAUGGCAUGACAAAACAGCAGACAGAGACAGCCCAAGCACCAACCAAGGCAAGCAAAACUCAGAUUGGCUCAUGUAACCCCACGCCACCACCUCCUAGCACAGGGGUAAAGAUCCCCACUUGCAAGUUUUCACUAAAGGACACUUUCCUCACCUCACCUGAAGAGCUUUACAGGGUUUUCCUCAGUCAAGAGAUGGUUCAGGCUUUCACACGCAGUGGUGCUGUGGUUGAGGCUGAGAAAGGUGGGAAGUUUCGCCUGUUGGACGGAAACGUGAACGGCGAGUUCCAGGAGCUGGUACCUGAGGAAAAGAUAGUAAUGAAAUGGAGGUUCAAUUCAUGGCCUUGUGAGCACUACGCAACGGUGACAUUGAUAUUCACAGACAAGGGUAAUGAGACAGAGUUAAAGAUUGAGUGUCGGGCAGUUCCCGAGAGUGAAGAGGAACGAACACGAAAUGGCUGGCAGAGGUACUACUGCCAAGCCAUUAAACAGACAUUUGGCUAUGGUGCACAACUCUACUGAGCCCAGGAUGUAACCGCCACUGUUUUUGGUUUUGUUUGUUUUAUUGUUUUUAUUUCUCUUCGUUUCGGUCCACAUACAAAUGAGAGGAUCUGAAUAUGACUCUACUGAACAACAGACAUCAAUUACUCCAUUAUCAACAUGUUCCUGUCUGAUUUUGAUGCUUGCAGUAAAUAAAGUGAAAACCUUGAAAAAUCAGAACUGAAAGAGAUGAAAAGACAGUGCAAAGAGGAGAGACUUGAGUCAUGAAAUAUCUGUGUAUGUGUGUAAAAUAGUUCUUAAUUUAACAUGGUAACUCUGAUGGCAUUCCUGUCCUGUGAGGUUCAGGGUUGAAUGGUGCCUUUUAUGCACUGGGUGGUUUUUGAGAAGUUAAAGGUAUAUUACCCAAAAACAAAAAUUGUCAUCAUUUUGUGACCCUCAUGUUGUUCCAAAAGCCAAAGGCUUUUUUCAUUGAAAUGCAAAAGAUGAUGUCAGGCAGAAUGAUUCAGUCACCAAUCAUUUUGUGUAUUAAAAAAAAAAGAAUCAGUGAGAGUAAAUGGUGAUUGAGGGUGAUGCUCUCUAUAACAUUCUGCCUAGGGCUGGGUAUCGGCAGCCACCUUGCGAUACGUAUUGCGAUACACGUCACAGUUCAAUAUAUAAUGUGAGACAUCACGCUAUCGUGAUUAGAUUUCGAGUUCGCAUUUAUUUUAAAUUAAUUAGGGUAUAUUUCAGUUAUAAUGUCCGUUUUGCUUGCAUACAGUAUGAAAGAUUCUCUUUCAGCUAAUGCUGUUAUUCAUUAUACAGGGGACCUUCUAACUUGUUUAAUUACUGAUAUCGAUUUUGCAAAUUUUAUUUGAUCAGUUUUUCAUAAUUUUGGUGACAUUAGAUUUUUUUUAAAAAAUAUAGUCCAUGUAUUACAUCAAUAAAUAUGAUGUAUUGAAAUUGCAUAUAUUAUAUUGCAUAUAUACAGUAUAUCGUUUAUUGUUUACGUGCCUAAUUUGUACUAUUUAGAAGUAUUUACUUGGAUAUGUAGAACAAGUGCUAAAAUGGUACUGUCUAUUUAAGACCUGUGGCAGGGACUUUAACAUUAGUGAUUGUUUGGUCGAAUGGCUUCUUUAAAGCAUCCAUGUUAUGUGUGAUUAGAAUUAAAUGUUUCUUAUGUUGUUUUUGAUAAAUAACUGACUGUAGAGAACAAAGUAUAUGAAAAGAGACAUUAUAAAACAACAAAUGGUUUGCUUGGAUCUAGUCUUUAGACUCACAUCACAUAAAAGUAGUCAAAGCUUUUACUCUCAGCAUGCAAUUAAAAGAUCUCGGUGCUGAACUUCUAUGCCACUACACCACUCAAACACUGGUGAGUGAAAUCUAAAAAAUGUUACCAGCCAGUGGCUAAUCACAGACAAUUUUUGUAGUAUAUGGGAAGUAUUUAUGCACAUCUGAUUGUAGGGGAUUGCAAAUAGAAAGAAAGAGCGAUCUUGGCAUUUUAAGAAUUGACAUUGUGCAAAUAAAGAUUAAGUAGGAAAAAAAAAAUGUUUUUGCCUGGCGCUAGAUCCAAACGUGAGAAAGGUCCAGCAUGUCUGUGAGAGAAACCGUUAAUCCUGCAGGAUCAGUUUCAGUCUCUUUCGUGCCUCACUGAAGCAUCUCUGACUGCACUGAAAAUAUCACGAUACAUUGAUCUAAGCUAUCGAUACUAAAAAAUAUCGUGAUAUAUCAAUAUUUGAUUGUAUCGACACAGCCCUAAUUCUGCCUAACAUCUCCUUUGGUGUUCCAUGGAAAAAUUUAAAGCCAUGCUGGUUUAGAAUGAAAUGAGGGUGAAAAUUUUAUUUUGGGGGGUUAACACCUUUUUAAGGGGGUUACUUUUUCAAACUUAUUUAAAAUUGGAUCUUAUAAAGACAGUUUGGAGAAGGAAAAAUAAAUAGAGACAUUUUCAGACCACUAAAUUAAUAAGUUUCUUUCUGAUUGUAUGAGAGAAGGAAUUGGACAGAAUUGUGGCUUUCUUCAUGUAAAUUGCUUUGUCAUCACAUUAUCAUAUAUAGUAUUAUGAAUAUAUGGAUUUUUACUCUGCAAUUUCUAUUCACCAAGAAGAAUAAAAGCUUCAGGAACCUU